GCUCAUCUCAUAGAUAAUCAUAUGUUUCUGUUCUUAAUUCAUCGGUUUAUCAUACUUUGUUUAUUUUAAUGUUUUUUGCUUAAUCUUGUUUUAUUGGUCAUUUUUCUCACAUCAUUCUGUCCAUUUCGGUUCUUAAACUUCCUGAAUAAUUUUCUAAAAUGUCUGAACCAGUUGAUAGUGUUCAUUUUGAUGGGAUAUUCCAGCAAACAUACAACUUUAGAGAUUGGUCGAUUGUCACUCGUCGAAGUCACAUUUUACAAUCGAAAUGCAGUGAUAAUUGUGAAGAUAAACCAAACUCUCCCUGUCUUUUUUGCAAAUUCGGACAAGAAUUAUCUCUGGUCCAUUUGCCAGAUAUGACGUUUGCCAAAAACAUCUUAAGAAUAGUUCAUAAGAAGGGAUUUGGUCUUGAAUUUGACUGUCUCAAUGCUCUAAAAUCAAUACCCAAAACAGCACCAGAAGGUAUGAAAGUUGAUUCAUCAGAGGAAUGGUUGAAGGCGCGAGAAGAUUGUCAACACUCAAAGAGAGUUCCCAAUCCAUUCGAUUGGACUUUCACUACAAAAUAUAAGGGCCACUUAAUUCCCAGUCUUAAUGGUCAAACACUAAUUGAGGAACCAACAAGUGAAAUAAUUGAUAUUGACAAACUUAAAGUUAAAGAAAAUAUACUUUUCUAUGAUGAAGUCCAUUUAUUUGAAGAUGAAUUGGCAGACAAUGGAGUAGCGCAAUGUUCAGUUAAAAUACGAGUUAUGCAGCAUUGUUUUUUCAUCUUAUUAAGAUAUUUUUUGAGAGUCGAUAAAGUGAUGGUCCGAAUCAAUGAUACAAGAAUUUUCUAUGAAACUGACAAAAAUUACAUGUUAAGAGAGUACACAAGUAAAGAACAAGACAUAUCGAAAAUUGCUUUGCCUAUCGAAACUUUACUGGAUCCAGUUUUAUUAAGCCAACAACUACCUACAAAGGAAAAAAUGUACCACAAACUAAAAUUUCCUUGUUGAUGAUAAAUUUUGCAAGGCAAAAAUUUUUUCUAUUGGAUCUCAGGUGCGCAAAGGGCAAAUUUCACACUACUCAGUGAAAUUAAGUUGUGUUAAUUUAUUUUUUAGCAGAUUUACAAUGAAAGAUGAAUGAAAGAUUCCAUUUGUAUUGAAGCAUGGUCAAUAUAAUACAAUCAGAAGAUAAAUGCUAAAGCUAAACUUGCUACAUUUAGCCUUUCAUCAAAUGUGAUCUUUCCAUUGUAAUAGCUUUCAUUUAUUGGAAAACUUUCAUCCAAGGUCUUAAAACAAUAUAAAAUGAGGUUGAAUUGUUCUUCGGAUUAAAAUUGACAAUCGAGUAUAAAUAUUUCUACAUUAUUUUUGUAAUCUAAAUGACACUAUUCAAGUAAAUUAGUGAAAACACAACAA